ACGCUCACACGCGCGUACGAUGGCGGGACCCUGCCGCGUGCGCUUUCUCGCGUCGGACCGCCUGUGAGGUCUCGCCCACGCGUCUCCCGGGCUCGCUCCUUCGCGGCUCCGCACGCUCCGCCUCCCCGGCUUCUACUGGAUGCUAGGCCCCGCCUGUUUCCCGCCUCUAGGGCCUGGCUCGCGCUCGCCCCAGCCCGCCCCUCUCUGCGUCCCUGCUGCUUGUGCUGAAGGCGGAGGCUCCAUGUUGUCCCCUCAGCGAGCGGUAGCGGCUUCCUCGGGAGGAGCAGAUGGCCCAAAUGAAAGGAACACUGCUCGUGAGCAAGGUGAUGCCAUGGAGAGCGGAAAGCCUGGUCCAGUGCAGGUUGUUUUGGUUCACAAAGAACAACAUUCCUUUGAGCUAGAAGAGAAAGCCUUGGCCAGCAUCCUUCUGCAGGACCACAUCCGAGAUCUUGAUGUGGUGGUAGUGUCAGUGGCUGGUGCCUUCCGAAAGGGCAAGUCCUUCAUUUUGGAUUUUAUGCUGAGAUAUUUGUAUGCUCAGAAGGAAGGUGGCCAUUCAAAUUGGUUGGGUGAUCCAGAGGAACCAUUAACAGGCUUUUCAUGGCGAGGAGGCUCAGACCCAGAAACCACUGGGAUUCAGAUCUGGAGUGAAGUUUUCACUGUGGAGAAGCCAGGUGGGGAGAAGGUUGCAGUUGUUCUGAUGGAUACCCAGGGGGCAUUUGACAGCCAGUCAACUGUGAAAGACUGUGCUACCAUCUUUGCUCUCAGCACCAUGACGAGUUCUGUUCAGAUUUACAAUUUGUCUCAGAACAUUCAGGAAGAUGAUCUUCAACAGCUGCAGUUGUUCACAGAAUAUGGUCGUCUGGCAAUGGAUGAAAUUUUCCAAAAACCCUUCCAGACACUGAUGUUUUUGGUUCGAGACUGGAGUUUCCCUUAUGAAUACAACUAUGGACUGCAAGGAGGAAUGGCGUUUUUAGAUAAGCGUUUACAGGUGAAGGAACAGCAACACGAAGAGAUUCAGAAUGUUCGAAAUCAUAUUCACUCGUGUUUCUCCGAUGUCACCUGUUUUCUCUUACCACAUCCAGGACUCCAGGUGGCCACAAGCCCUGACUUUGAUGGAAAAUUGAAAGAUAUUGCUGGUGAAUUCAAAGAGCAGCUGCAGGUACUGAUACCAUAUGUAUUAAACCCAUCUAAACUAAUGGAAAAGGAGAUCAAUGGCUCAAAAGUCACCUGCCGGGGACUGCUGGAGUAUUUUAAGGCAUAUAUUAAAAUUUAUCAAGGAGAAGAUCUGCCUCACCCCAAAUCCAUGCUUCAGGCCACUGCUGAAGCCAACAAUUUAGCAGCUGCAGCCUCUGCGAAGGACUCUUACUAUAACAACAUGGAAAAGGUUUGUGGGGGAGAGAAACCUUAUUUGUCUCCAGACAUUUUAGAGCAGAAGCACUGUGAAUUCAGACAUCUUGCUCUGGACCAAUUUAAGAAGACCAAGAAGAUGGGUGGGAAGGAUUUCAGCUUUCGUUACCAGCAGGAACUAGAGGAGGAAAUUAAGGAACUCUAUGAGAACUUCUGCAAGCACAAUGGUAGCAAGAAUGUCUUCAGCACCUUUCGAACACCUGCAGUGCUAUUCACAGGCAUCGUGGCUCUGUACAUAGCCUCAGGCCUCACUGGCUUCAUUGGUCUUGAGGUUGUAGCUCAGCUGUUCAACUGUAUGGUUGGCCUGCUGUUAAUAGCUCUCUUCACCUGGGGGUACAUCAGAUAUUCCGGUCAAUAUCGUGAGCUGGGUGGAGCUAUUGAUUCUGGUGCAGCAUAUGUGUUAGAGCAGGCUUCUUCUCAUAUUGGUAAUUCUACUCAGGCUGCUGUGAGGGAUGCAGUUGUUGGGAGUCCACCUGCGGAUAAAAAAGCUCAAUAGCAUCUUAACUGGAGGAUCCAGGAGCUCAACGAGCCCCUAGAUUUCUGGGUUUCUGCCACUGCCACCACAGUCCAGGUCCAGAGGAACAGCAGAUCUGAGACCAUCUGGGAAGGGCUAAAAUAGGGCACUGUAAUAAAUGAUCUGACCUCUCCUGUGGUUUCAAAUUC